AUGGGACCGAGCUUCCUGACGUUGACCGCGAUGGCUCAGCGCGGCGGUUACGGAGGCGGCGGCGGCUUCGGCGGAGGCUUCAACAACCAGACGGUGGUGGACAAGGCGCCGCCCGAGAUCCACCACAUGAUCGAUCCCUACUGGUACCAGUUCCCACCGAUGAACCCGCUCUGGUACGGCAUCCUCGGCUUCGUCAUCGGCUGCCUCGGCUGCAUCUCCGUCGCCGGCAACGGCAUGGUCGUCUACAUCUUCGCCAGCACCAAGUCCCUCCGCACCCCCAGCAAUCUCCUCGUGAUCAAUCUCGCCUUCUCCGACUUCUGCAUGAUGUUCACCAUGUCGCCGCCCAUGGUCAUCAACUGCUACUACGAGACCUGGGUCUUCGGGCCGCUCAUGUGCGAGAUCUACGCGCUCUGCGGCUCCAUAUUCGGCUGCGGCUCCAUCUGGACCAUGUGCAUGAUCGCCUUCGAUCGGUACAACGUUAUCGUCAAGGGUUUGUCGGCCAAACCUAUGACCAUCAACGGAUCGCUGCUGCGCAUCCUCGGCAUAUGGCUGAUGGCCUCCAUCUGGACGAUCGCGCCCAUGUUUGGCUGGAACCGGUACGUCCCCGAGGGCAACCUCACGGCCUGCGGCACGGACUACUUCAGCAAGGACUGGGUCUCCAGGUCGUACAUCGUCGUCUACAGCUUCUUCGUGUACUUCCUGCCCCUGUUCAUGAUCAUCUACAGCUACUACUUCAUCAUCAAGGCAGUCUCGGCUCACGAGAAGAACAUGAGGGAGCAGGCCAAGAAGAUGAACGUCGCCUCUCUCAGGCAGGGAGAUUCCCAGAGCGCUGAGAACAAACUCGCAAAGAUCGCUCUCAUGACGAUCUCCCUCUGGUUCAUGGCCUGGACGCCGUACCUCGUCAUCAACUGGGCUGGUAUCUUUGAUCUCGCGAGGCUGACGCCGCUCUUCACCAUCUGGGGAUCGGUAUUCGCCAAGGCCAACGCCGUCUACAACCCGAUCGUCUACGGCAUCAGUCAUCCCAAGUACCGGGCUGCUCUGUUCGCGAGGUUCCCAUCGCUGGCCUGUGCCGGUGACGCACCGGCUGGUGCUGCCUCCGACGCCGUGUCCACCACUUCCGGCGUCACCACGCUCACCGACCACGACAAGUCGAACGCGUAAUUCUGCCGGCCCAACGAUAACGAUCGAGGAAAAGAAUGUGAAUCGAGUUCAAGAUCGGACCGAGAUCUACGCUUGCCAUUCAGAAACUCAUUGUAAAUAAUAAUUAACCGAGAGAAAGCUGGAUAUAUAGCAGACCUAUAUAGCUAAGACGAGAGAAUGUCACUUCUGCAUCGGAAAUCUGUGAUCGAGCCGAUCUCUUCCUCGGACGUGUCUCUCCGAGCCAAGGAAGAAUCGCUCAAGUCGUACACUACUAUAUAUAUAUAUAUAUUGUAGACACAUAUCAGGGCACUGGCGUUCGCUGGGGCGAAUUCAAUCGGGCAAUUAUCGAAUCGCGAUACUGGCGCCAGUCGGCGAAGAGCAAGAGGUAUCGACUUCGUAAUCUGUGCAGGCCUGCCCUAAUACACGAUUAUUAUAUAGAUGAAAAAUAUUUGCAUUGAAAAUAAAAUAAAAUAAAAAUCCGAGCUAUCGCUGAAUCGAUUCUGGGAAUUCUGUCAUCCGGCGAGGCCUUACGACUCGAGUCUCACCACGACGAGAGUCGUUGUACGGGUCGACGGAUGCGAGCUCGUCGGGCAUCGGUCUCGGCGAUGGCGCACAGCUUACAUCGCGCUGCUCAUUUUAUAUUUUUUACGAAGCGCCAAUAAAAUCGUCCCGCUGGACCACCUGGCUUGUAUUUUACCUAUAUAAUUUAAUUUUGUAAGUUAUAACAAAGCAUGUAUGCGUUUAAGAGUACGGAUAAAGGAAAACAAAACU